AUGCCUCCCGCAGGUGGACGUACUACGCGCGCCCGCGUCAUCGCCAGCGAGAAUGACGAGAACAGCAUGACCGGCAGCUCGACCCGCUUAACGCGUGCUAAGGCUGCAGCCCUCAAUGUCGACGAGUUGUCCCAGCCUUCCAAGCCCCUGCAGUCCAAAAAGGCAGCCGUCAACACCAAUGUCGCGGGCGCUACCAGAAAGCGUGCCGCCCUUGGUGAUGUUUCCAACGUCACCAAGGUCGAGGUUACCGAGGGAAAGAAGGUCACCGCCACCAAGGCCGGCGUUGUUUCAAAGACCACACAAGCGAACCGAGUCCAAAAGAGCACAUCAGCUGCGACAACACGCGCCCGUGCACCACUUGCAUCCAAGGAAGCCAAUGCAACAAAGAAGUCCACCAAGGCAUCAGGCCCCGGCGAGAUCGGCUCCAAGAGGAAGGCCCCUCCCGCAGCGGCUCCGACCUUGAAGAAGGAGAAGACACCCGUCGAGGAGGGCGAGCCCGUUCGGAAGAAGGUCCACACCGCGGAGAAGGAGAACCGACGCUCCAAGGAGGUAGCCGAGGUUGCUGAGCCAGUCAUCAAGCCCGCCUCCCCCCAGGAGGGAUUCGUCUACCCUGAAGGCGUCUUGGACCUUGACCAGGAAGACCACGAUGACCCCCUGAUGGUUGCCGAGUAUGCGCACGAGAUCUUUGACUACCUUCUCACACUCGAGCCUAGCUCUCUCCCCAACCCCGACUACAUGGACCACCAGGAUGAGCUUGAGUGGAAGACACGGAGCAUCCUUGUCGACUGGCUCAUCGAGGUCCACACUCGGUUCCACCUCCUGCCUGAGACCCUGUUCUUGGCCAUCAACAUCAUUGAUCGCUUCCUCUCCGAGAAGGUGGUUCAACUCGACCGCGUCCAGCUGGUGGGCAUCACGGCGAUGUUUAUCGCGUCCAAGUACGAAGAGGUCUUGUCGCCCCAUGUCGGUAACUUCAAGCACGUUGCAGACAACGGAUUCUCCGAGUCUGAGAUCCUGUCUGCCGAACGCUUCAUCCUCCAGACUCUCGAGUAUGAUCUCAGCUACCCCAACCCCAUGAACUUCCUGCGCCGGAUCUCCAAGGCCGAUAACUACGACAUUCAAACCCGGACUGUCGCCAAGUACCUGCUGGAGAUCAGUGUCGUCGACCGCCGUUUCAUGGCAUACCGCCCGUCUCAUGUCGCUGCCACCGCUAUGUACCUGGCACGCCUGAUCCUCGACAGAGGUGACUGGGACGCGACGCUGGCAUUCUAUGCUGGUUACACUGAGGAGGAGAUCGAGCCCGUCCUCCAGCUUAUGGUUGACUACCUGGCCCGGCCUGUUGGCCAUGAGGCCUUCUUCAAGAAGUAUGCCAGCAAGAAGUUCCUGAAGGCGUCCAUCCUGACACGUCAGUGGGCCAAGAAGAACGCGGCUGCGUUUGACAUCGACAACCUGGAUAUACCCCUCGAUGAGUAA